AUGCGUCUUACAGCGGACCUAAUACACAAUUCCCUCUCCUACCUCAACCCUCUCAAAGAACGUGAACUAGACCUACGAGGCCAUAAAAUCCCAACGAUAGAAAACCUUGGUGUCGCUGGUCCACACGAUGCGAUCGACUUCACCGACAAUGACUUGACCACAUUAUCAAACUUUCCAUUGUCGCCUCGACUGAACACACUCCUGUGCGCACGCAAUAGGAUACAGAGCGUCGAUAGACGAAUCGCAGAAGAGAUACCGAAUCUAACCACUUUGGUACUUGCCAACAACAAUGUGAAAGAGUUAGCAGACUUAGAAGGCUUGACCAGAUGUCGCAAGCUUGCGCAUGUGGUACUGACAGAAAAUCCUGUGACCAAGAAAGAGCACUAUCGGUUAUACAUGAUCUGGUCCAUCCCAAGCAUAAGGUUCCUUGACUACGAACGAGUGCGCGAAAUUGAACGCGAUGAAGCAAAAGAGCUGUUCGGCACAUCCUCAACGCCCAGCGAGUUAGUCGCCAAGAUCAGGGGUGUAAAGAGCAAGACCUCGGAUUCAAGUAUGAUCACGAACGGAAGAGUAGCGGCAGGGAGCGGUGGUAAAACUUUCAGAGCUGUAUUGAGCGAAAGUGAGAAGAGAAGAGUUCAGGAAAUGCUACAAAAUGCGAAAAGUAUGGCUGAAAUUGACCGAAUCGAGAAAGAUCUUGCUGAAGGCAGAGUGCCGAGAGGUGCUGCUGAUGCAGAUAGGGCGACUUCGUGA